UCCCGGGCGCGCCCCGCCCCCGGCCGCUUGUCGCCAGGGGCCGCUCGCGGGUCCGGUCUCCUAGGCAACCAGGCGCUCCGCCCCUCCGCCCCUUUAACCUUUAGGGUCUGCUGGGCCGAGUCCUGCGCUCGCUCCCUUCUCCCCUCCGUUUCCACUCUUCGCCGGGGCUGUCCCGGCCGGAAGCGAAGAUGGCGGCGGCGGCGGGUGCGGCGUCAGCCGAGCUGGUGAUCGGCUGGUGCAUCUUCGGCCUCCUGCUCCUGGCUAUUUUGGCAUUCUGCUGGGUUUAUGUUCGUAAAUAUCAAAGUCAGCGGGAAAGUGAAGUUGUCUCCACCAUAACAGCGAUCUUUUCUCUGGCGAUUGCUCUCAUCACAUCAGCACUUCUACCAGUGGAUAUAUUUUUGGUUUCCUACAUGAAAAACCAAAAUGGUACAUUUAAGGACUGGGCCAAUGCUAAUGUCAGCAGACGGAUCGAGGACACCGUAUUGUAUGGUUACUACACCUUAUAUUCUGUUAUAUUAUUCUGUGUGUUCUUCUGGAUCCCUUUUGUCUACUUCUACUAUGAAGAAAAGGAUGAUGAUGAUACUGGUAAAUGCACUCAAAUUAAAACGGCAUUCAAGUAUACUUUUGGAUUUGCUGUGAUUUGUGCACUACUUCUUUUAGUUGGUGCUUUUGUUCCAUUGAAUCUUCCCGAUAACAAAAAUUCUACAGAGUGGGAGAAGGUGAAGUUCCUGUUUGAAGAACUUGGAAGUAGUCAUGGUUUAGCUGCCUUGUCAUUUUCCAUUAGUUCUCUGACCCUGAUUGGAAUGUUGGCAGCUAUAAUCUACACAGCCUAUGGCAUGUCGGCUUUGCCUCUAAAUCUGAUCAAAGGCACUAGAAGCGCUGCUUACGAACGUCUAGAAAACACUGAAGACAUUGAGGAAGUGGAGCAGCACAUCCAAACGAUUAAAUCGAAGAGCAAAGAUGGUCGACCUUUGCCAGCAAGGGAUAAACGCGCCUUAAAACAACUUGAAGAAAGGUUACGAACACUUAGGAAAAGAGAGAGGCACUUAGAAUUCAUAGAAAAUAGCUGGUGGACUAAAUUCUGUGGUGCCCUGCGUCCCCUGAAGAUCAUUUGGGGAAUAUUUUUCAUCGUAGUUGCAUUGCUGUUUAUAAUUUCUCUCUUCCUGUCCAAUUUGGAUAAAGCUCUUCAUUCAGCUGGAAUAGAUUCUGGUUUCAUAAUUUUUGGAGCUAACCUGAGUAAUCCACUGAAUAUGCUUUUGCCUUUACUACAAACAGUGUUUCCUCUUGAUUAUAUUCUUAUAACAACUAUUAUUAUGUACUUUAUUUUUACUUCAAUGGCGGGGAUUCGAAAUAUUGGCAUAUGGUUCUUUUGGAUUAGAUUGUAUAAAAUCAGAAGGGGGAGAACCAGGCCCCAGGCGCUCUUAUUUCUCUGCAUGAUACUUCUGCUUAUUGUGCUUCACACUAGCUACAUGAUUUACAGCCUCGCCCCCCAGUAUGUUAUGUACGGAAGCCAAAACUACCUGAUAGAGAGCAAUAUAACUUAUGAUGCCCAUAAAGGCAAUUCGACCCUUUCUGUGCCAAAGAGAUGUGAUGCAGAUGCCCCUGAAGAUCAAUGUACUGUCACCCGGACCUACCUGUUCCUUCACAAGUUCUGGUUCUUUAGUGCCGCCUACUACUUUGGUAACUGGGCCUUUCUUGGGGUGUUCGUGAUUGGGUUGAUUGUCUCCUGCUGUAAAGGGAAGAAGUCGGUCAUUGAGGGGGUAGAUGAGGCUGACUCAGACCUGAGUGAUGAGGAACCCUCUGUCUGACGGCUUCUGUUGCACAGGUUUACUAAGCUGACUCUGCAUCUCUUGUGCAUUUGUAAAGUGUCAAGCUAAUCUUAGGAUGUGAACUGACUAGCUUUCAUCAAAAAUGGGAGCAUGGCUAUUAAAAAACAAACUAUAUUUUUUAUGUUUUCUGAAGUAACAUUAUUGUAUCAUAGAUUAACAUUUUAAAUUGCUAUAAUAAUACUAUGUAAACAUAAAAGUACCAGCCUUGUGAGGGAAUGUUUGUGGAAAUUUUUUUUUCCUCUAGUGUAUGAUAGUGUUGAAUUGAUUAAAAAUCUUCCAGAAUUAAUAUUCCCUUUGGUCACUUUUUUAAAACAUAAUAAAUCACUUGUAUCUGUGCCUUUGGGUCUCUAGAGUACUGUGGAAUUUUCAAGUGUCUAUAUCUGAUUGUUGAAAAAUAAUAUUCACAGUAUAGCUGAUAAAUAAAUGUUAUUCCACUAUGCAGCUUGUUUUCUAUUUUCUACAUUAAAUCACUAGCGCCAUUGAAGUAGAUUUCAUGAACAGAUUUCAGGCUGCUUGGUGUGCCAAGGUGUAUUAUAUUGUUCAGACAUUAGUCCAUUAGAUAUCUUAUCACCUCUACAGUAUUUAAGGCAUAUACAUUGUUAUAGAUAACCUCAAAAGUUGUAUUCCAACAUAAAUGGGAAUAUUGUCAAGAAUAAGUAAUCCUGAAAAAAAUCAGUGUACUGAUCAGUUUAAGAUAUAUGACAUCAUAUUUUAGCUUUAAAGAUACUUUCUCAUUCUAAAGAUUUAGAAUUUGCAAAAGAUAUAGGGAAAGCUAUGUACUAUCAAUAGGGUAUUUUGAAGGCGUUCUGGAUACUGAGAUCCUAGUUUACUAACACAGGCAAAUUAGAACUCAUGAAAAGCAUAUAUUUUGAUCCUUGAAGUAGAAUACCAUUAAGUUUCUGAAAAAGACUUAGGAGUUAACAACCAUCUCCCAUUCAGUUCAUCUCUCUCUUAAUUUUUGUGUCACUUUGCUCUCAUUCUUUGUCUCUGGAUAGACCUCCACACCCUUCAUGUUUGGCACCUUUGAUGUUAUUCACCAAGAUUCCAUUCCCUUCUGUUCUUAUUUCACAUUUUCUUUUCGGACAAUCUCAUACACCCUCAGUUUCCAAACUUUUACUUACCUGUUAACUAGAAAUUACUACUUCAAUUACAGCAUGUUGAUAAUUGAACUCCUCGUUUUUCUGGUCAUACCAAACCUCCUUCUUUAUUCAUUUUUUUGACAGAUGGCACUGGCACAUACCUGGUUGCCAAAACCAAAACUCAAGCAGACCUCCUUAUCUCCUGUGUGUACCUGGCCCAUCACUAAUCAGGCCAUGUUGAUCUCUGCUUAACUGUCCUUCCAUUUUCCCUCUUCUCCAUUCUUACUGUGUUACAGACUGAGUUGUGUUCCCCUCUGCCGCCACAGAAAAACUUCCCUAUUGAAGUCCUAACCCCUAGUAACUGAGACUCUGACUGUAUCUGGAGAUUGGGUCUUUAAAGAGGUAAUUAGGUGGCGCCCUGAUCCAGUAUGACGGGUGCCCUUAUAAGAAGAGGAGGAGACAUCGGGGAUGUGUGUGCAUAGAGAAAAGGCCACGUGAGGACCUGCAGGCCAAGGGGAGAGGCCUCUGGAGAACGCGACCCUGCCGGCACCUUGAUCGUGGACUUCCAGCCACCAGAACUGUGAGAAAAUAGGUUUCAGUUGUUUAUGCCCCCCAGUCUGUGGUAUUUUGUUAUAGCAGCCCAAGCCUUCUAACGCACACUGCUUCUUAAUUUCCUCACUGGGCUUUCUGCUGAGUCCCAACUCCUUUCAGUCUUUCCUCGACAGUGAAAACACAAAUCAGAUGAUGAUAUUUCUUUGCUGUGAAAAGCUUUCCGUUAUUUCAGAAUGAAAUUCAUAGCUUUCAUGUGACAUCUAAGGCUGUUCUGGUGUGUGUCCUACCUACCUAUCCAGUUUUCACUGCCAUCCCCACAGAUGUCUCACCAUUAUCCAAACGGCUCUGAUUUCUCACAUCCCCACUCUGCUGAACUGUCCCUUCUGCCUAUGACACACUUCCCCUCCUCUUGUCUCCUAAGAGAAUCCUUACUCUUCAGAUCUCAGCCGUGACGUUAUCUGGUCAGUUACCCGCCCUAGUCUCCUAGGCACAGUUAGGUGCUGUCUUUUCCCUGCUCACAGGGCUCCCUGUACAGUGUGUUGUGACUGUUACCUUCAGGGCUGCUUCCUCUGGGCUGCAAGUCCUUGAACACAUAUCUCAUCGUUCAACUUUGACCCUGGUGUCAGAGCAGCUCCCUGCACUUGGAAAGCACUCCGUUGGCAGGCGAAUUUGCUAAUUCAAAGCUUUAUGGGAAAAGAAUCAAGAUGCCGGAAUAGAAGGACGUGGAGUUCACCUCCUCCCACAAACACAUCAAAAAUACUCAUACAUGUGGACAGUUCUCACAGAAUACCUACUGAACGGUGGCAGAAUAUCAGGCACCCAAAAUUGCAAGAAAGAUCUCCACAUAACUGGGUAGGACGAAAAACAAAAGAAAUUGGGAUGGGACCUGCGCCCCUAGGUGGGAGCUGUGAAAGAGCAGAAGUUCCCACAUCCUGGGAAGCCCCUUCACUGGCAGAGAGAUCAGCCAGGACAGAAAGGGAGCUUCAGAGGCGUGGAGGAGAGCGCAACAGCAAGUUGACAGCAGGCAGAACAGAAAGAGAGCUGCAUAGAUGGUCCAUGCCAUUGCCCUGCACAUUCCAGCCUGAGACUUGUUAGCUGUUGCGUGUGGGUCCGAGUGCUAAACUCGGACUUUAGAGGACAGAGCCAGGGAGAGGGCUGGUGUUGGCUGUGCAGAGACAGCUUGAAGGGGCUGGCGUGUGGUAUGGCUGCAACCAGGGGUGUACAUGGAAGAAGCUUGGGCCUGCCAUAGAAGUGAAGUGCUUUCAUUAAGUGGUGCAUGAAGGGAGGGGCCAUACAGGCUACAAAGGGAUGUUCCCUCAUAAAAACAACCCUCCAAGAACACAGUUUUUCCUAAACUCAUAGAAUCAGAAAUAUAAGUAAAAUGAAGAAGCAGAGGAACCACUUCCAAUUAAAAGAUCAGGAGAAUUCCCCUGAAAGAACAAUGAAACAGACCUCUCCAGACACCAAGUUUAAAAAAGAUAACAAAAAUACAGAAGGAAUUAAAGUUUAUUGAGGGAAUUCCCUGGCGGUCCAGUGGUUAGGACUCUGCAUGCUUUCACUGCUGAGGGCCCACGUUCAAUGCAGGGAUCUAAGAUCCCACAAGCUACGUGGUGCAGCCAAAAAAAAAAAAAAAGAUUAUAUCGAUAGAAAUGCAAAUUACUGUAAAAAGGAACUAGAAACCAUAAAGAGGAGCCUAGAAAAAUUAGAAAACUCAUUGCCGACACAAAAGCUGAGCUAAAGGCAAUGAAUAGCAGAUUGAAUAAUGCAGAAGAACGAAUAAGUGAUCUGGAAGAUAGAAUAAUGGAAAUCACCCAAUCAAAAUAACAGAAAGAGGGCUUCCCUGGUGGCACAGUGGUUGAGAGUCCGCCUGCCGAUGCAGGGGACACGGGUUCGUGCCCUGGUCCGGGAAGAUCCCAUGUGCCAUGGAGCGGCUGGGCCCAUGAGCCAUGGCUGCUGAUCCUGUGCGUCCAGAGCCUGUGCUCCGCAAUGGGAGAGGCCACAACAGUAAGAGGCCCACGUAUCGCAAAACAAACAAACAAACAAAAAAACAGAAAGACAAAUGGAAAAAAAAAAUGAAAGCAAUAUAAGAGACCUAUGGAAUAAUAUAAAGUGAACCAAUCUAUGCAUAAUAGGGAUCCCAGGAGAAGAAAGAGAAAAGGGGUUCAAAGAUGUAUUUGAAGACAUGGCUGAAAACUUCCUAAACCUAAAGAAGGAAAUAUGUCCAAGUACAAGGCGUACAGAGGGUCCCAAACACCAAGACAUACUGUGAUCAAAAUGGCAAAAGUUUAAAGAUGAAGAGAGGAUUCUAAAGGCAGAAAGAGAAAAACAGAGUUAAUUGCGAGGGAACCCCUAUAAGGCUACCAGCUGAUUUCUCUACAGAAACUUUGCAGGCCAGAAGGGAGUGGCAUGAUAUAGGGAAAAAUCUGCAACCUAGGAUACUCUACCCAGCAAGAUUAUCAUUUAGAAUAGAAAAAGAGACAAAGAAUUUCUCAGACGAGCAAAAGCUAAAAGAAUACAGCAAUACUAAACCUAUCCUAAAAUAAAUCUUGAAAGGUCUUUUCUAAAUAAAAAGGAGCAAGAAUCUAUAGCAAAGAGAAAAAUCACAAUUGGAAAGUAAAUCACUUAAAUAAGCCAGUACACCGACUAAAAAGUAAAAACUCAAAACAUUUUUGCUAAAGUGAUGAUAACCGCAAUGAAGAAGGAUAAACAUGAAGAUGUAAAAGAGGACGUCUAAAUCAUAAAAUGUGGGAGAGGAGAGUAAGAACCUGUAGAUUUUUUUUUUAGAAUGUGUUUGAGCCUAUAUGACUACCAGUCUAAAGCAAGUAGAUAUAAGAAGGGCUUGACAUACUUGAAAAACAGUAAUCAGAAAUCAAAGGCAUACAAUAGAAUCAUAAAAAUCAAAAAGAAGAAAACAAGCAUAAUACAAAAGAAAAUCAUCAAACCACAAUAGGAAUAACAAAAAGAAAAAGGAAGAAGAAAUACAAAAUCAACUGGUAAACAAGGUUUAAAAUGACAAUAAAUACAUAUAGAAUAAGUACAAUAAUUACUUUAAAUGUCAGUGGACUAAAUGUUCCAAUCAAAAGUCAUAGAGUGACAGAUAAAAAAACUAGAGCCUACAUUAUGCUACCUACAUGAGACCCACUUUAGGGCAAAGCACACACAUAGGUUGAAAGUAUCAGAAUAGAAAAAGAUCUUUCAUGGAAAUGGAAAUGACAAGAAAACGGGGAUCGCAAUACUCAUAUAAGACAAAAGAGACUUUAAAACAAAGGCCAUAAAGAUAAAGAAGGACAGUAUAUAAUGAUAACAGGAUCAAUAGAAGAAGAGGAUAUUACACUCAUUAAUAUAUAUGCACCCAAAUACAUAAAACAAACACUAACAGACAUAAAGAAAUGGACAGAAUACAAUAAUAGUAGGAGACUUUAACACCCCACUCACAUCAAUUGACAGAUCUUCUACACAGAAAAUCAAUAAAGCAACAGAGAUCCUAAAUUAUCUAAUAGAACAGCUAGACUUAAUUGAUAUUUUCAGCACAUUACAUCCCCCCAAAACAGAAUACACAUUCUCUUCAAGUGUACAUGGAACAUUCUCUAAGAUUGACCACAUAACAGAGCACAAAACAAGCCUCAACAAAUUUAAGAGGAUAGAAAUUAUUUCAAGCAUCUUUUCUGACCACAAUUGCAUGAAACUAGAAAUCAAUGACAGAGAAAGAAAUGAGAAAAAAACAAUUACAAAGAGUCUAAACAAUAUGCUACUAAAAAACCAAUGGGUAAACGAUGAAAUCAAAGAGGAAAUUUAAAAAUACCUUGAGACUAAUGGCAAUGAAAACAACCAUACAAAAAUCUAUGGGAUGCAGCAAAAGCAGUUCUUAGAGGGAAGUUCAUAGCCAUACAGGCCUUUUUCAAGAAACAAGAAAAACCUCAAAUAAACAAACUAACCUACCACCUAAAAGAAUUAGAAAAAGAAGAACAAACAAAACCUAAAAUCAGAAGGAAGGAAAUAAUAAUCAGAGAAGAAAUAAAUAAAUAGAGAUUUUUUUUUAAAUAGAAAAAAAUCAGUAAAAUCCGGAUCUGGUUCUUUGAAAGGGUAAACAAGAUCGACAACUUCUGGCCAGGCUCACCAAGAGAAAAGAGACAAGACCCAAAUAAACAAAAUAAGAAUGAAAGAAGAGAAAUAACAACUGAUACCACAAAAAAACCAAAAGAGAAUACUAUGAACAAUUACAUGCUAACAAAUUAGACAACCUAGAAGAAAUGGACAAGUUUCUAGAAACAUAUGCUCCACCAAAACUGAAUAAAGAAAAAAAAAAGUAGUUUGAACAGAUCGAUAACUAGAAGUGAAAUAGAAUCUGUAAAAAAAAAACAAAAAACCC